AUGAAACUUAUUAGCCCAUUUGAAAGAAAAUCAGUUAUUAGUUUAGGAAAUGGUGUUUAUGAAGUUGCACUUUCUCAAAGUGAAAAACAAAAAGAUUUGUUAUUAGCUAAAAGAGCAUCAACCGAAAGAGACUCUGCACAACAGUCAUUCUUAUUCCGUAUUUUAGUUGAUAAUGGGUUUACUGUUUGUUUAAAGAGAUUAUAUAAGAAAGGAAAGACUACAUCACAACUAAGAAAUGCUGAUGCAAAAACUAAUGAUUGUCUUAUUAAAAUUGCUUCAGAUUAUUGUUGGGCUUGUUUUGAAUUUAAAAAAGGAAAACAAAGCGUUGUAUGUUCUCAAAUGAAACGAAUCCAAAAUGCACAAAUUGGUUCAAAAAUCUAUGGGUCAAAUCUUAUAUUACAAGAAGGAAAGAAAAUGAAUCAACACAUAUUAUCGAUAAUGUCUUCUCAUGGAUGUAUUCUUUCACCUCAACAAAGUCUUGUCAAAUGUUAA